CCAUAUAAUGAAGGCCAAACGAACCGCAAACAGCACCAAAUAGCUUUCAGCUUUUUAUCUCCUACCUUCUUAUUUCUUCUGCUCUGUUGUUCCGAUCAUGGUGUUGCUAGACAAAGGCCUCUCAACUGCCAUGAACACGAAAAUAAUUGGCUCGGGCAGCGAAGCCAUAGUUCUCGCACAUGGGUUUGGAGCAGACCAGUCGGUGUGGGACAAAAUCCUUCCCUACUUGGCUCAACAUUACCGGGUUCUUGUUUUCGACUGGACCUUUUCUGGCGCCGUUGAAGAUCACUCCCUCUUCAAUCCUGUCAACUACUCUUCGUACGAUGCUUUUGCGGAUGACUUGAUCGCUCUCCUAGAUGAGAUGAACCUUCAAUCUUUGAUCUUUGUUGGGCAUUCCAUGUCCGGUAUGAUUGGCUGCAUCGCUUCCGUCAAAAGACCCGAGCUUUUUAAGAAGCUCAUACUCAUCGGAGCUUCUCCAAGAUACAUAAAUAUCGAUGAUUAUGUGGGAGGAUUUGAAAAGUCAGACGUUGAGCAGCUCCUCUCAAACAUUGAAUCCGAUUAUCACAAUUGGGCUACAGGAUUUGCUUCUCUUGGGGUGGACACAAAAGAUCCCCCCUCGGUUGAAAAGUUUUCGAAAUGCUUGAAAAGAAUGAGACCAGAAGUGGCACUUUCCUUGGCUAAAACUGUGUUUUACAGCGAUGAACGAGACGUUCUUGACAAGGUUGUCACCCAAUGCACUAUCAUUCACACCACCAAUGACUUUGCCGUCCCAAAUUCAGUGCCAUCCUACAUGCAAAAGAAAAUCAAGGCAAAAUCGACUGUGGAGAUCAUUGACGCUGACGGCCAUUUUCCACAGCUAACUGCUCACCUCCGCCUCCUUGAUGUGCUACGGAGUGUCCUGGGCUUUGAUAUUCCUCUUACUAAUUAAGAGCAUAAGCUGAUAUGUGUGUGUAUGUGUGUGUGUGUGUGUGUUCACGUUCUUAGUUGAGAUCCACAGUAAUUACGUGUCAAAAUUAUUAGGAUUUUGACAGAUAAUAUGAGAGAUUUCAGGGUUGCCUGACUACCUAAUCAGGUAGGCCAGGCGAGUAUCAUAUGAAAAUUUUCUCAUAUUAUUUGUUCAAAUUACUGGUAAUUUGGACUAAUAAUUGUUAUGAAUCCUUAUCCUCCUAAGUUUAUGAAAUAGUAUGAUCAAAAAUAAAUGCCCAUGUAUAUCUUUAUGGAUAACUUCAUGGGAUAGAAGUAGGAAAUGGUUUGGCCUUGAAUGGUGUGUCGUUGUCUUUAUUAUAGUUUUAGUUGUUGGGAUUUAAAGCUUUGUGAAUUACUUUAUCGAUCUUGGUCUUUUUGUCUUCUUGAAUGACGUGUUGCUUGUAAACAAACUGGUGGAAUGAAAAUAUUAACUGCUUCUA